AUGGAAAGGACAAAUGAGCGACUGAUCACCCUCAUGGAGAAUCAGGUUCAACAGGCCAAUGACGACGGGAAAUACUAUAAGAAUAUGGCAUAUCAUCGUCCGCCGCAAUACGACGGAGAAGCUGAUCUAGUUCGCUUCGAGAAUUGGCUCGCAGAGAUGGAGAAACUUUUAGAGGUCAUUAACUGUCAAACACACCUAAAAGUAAAGCUGGCUUCCUUUUACCUAUCUGGUCCAGCAGAGUUAUGGUGGCGUUCUGUCAAGGCCACUAUGACUGAUACCUUUUGGGAUGAUUUCUUUAUAACUCUUCGUCAACAAUUCUAUCCGCCAUCACUCCAACGGAAAAAGGAGAAUGAGUUCUUACAUCUUCGUCUGGGUCUUGUGACCGUGAUUGAGUACAGUUGUAAGUUCAAUGAGCUGUCUCGAUUUGCUUCUGACAUCGUAAGCAAAGAAAGUGAGGGUCAUGUUUCCACUAACUGCCGAGAAGGGAUCCAGUUAGGAGCUAGUAGUACUGGUAAUUAUGGAGCUCCUAGUUCUUCGAGAAAUGUUCAGAGUAUUGCAGCUAAGAGGACUGCCGGUUUGCACGCUAUUAGCAACCAUGUAGACAAUCUUCAUCAGGCGUUUGAGGGUAAGAUUUCAGACAAGCAUCUACCUGCCGAUUUAAUAGUUUUUGAGUUGGGUACAUAUGAUAUUAUUUUGGGAAUGGACUGGAGAGAGGUUGACUUUCAUAUUGAUCUAAUUCCUGAUGCUACCCCUAUCUCUAAGACUCCGUACCGUUUCGCUCCAGCUGAGUUAGCCGAAUUGAAAAAGCAAUUGGAUGAGUUAUUGGAGAAAGGUUUUAUCCGACCUAGUUGUAUUGAUUAUAGGGAGAUUAAUAAGAUCACCAUUAAGAACCGUUACCCUUUGCCCAGGAUAGAUGAUUUGUUUGAUCAGCUAAGAGGUGCUCAGGUGUUCUCGAAGAUUGAUUUAAGGUCUGGAUAUCAUCAAUUGAGGAUAGCCAAGGAGGAUGUUCCUAAAACAGCAUUUCGGACUCGAUAUGGACAUUAUGAGUUUUUGGUGAUGCCAUUUGGGUUAACAAAUGCACCUGCAGCAUUUAUGGAUUUGAUGCAGAGGUAUCUUCGUCCUUAUUUGGAUAAAUAUUUGGAUAAAUUCGUGGUUGUUUUUAUUGAUGAUAUUUUGGUAUAUUCAAGGAGUAGGGAAGAACAUGAAGAACACUUGAGAAUGAUUCUGGAGCUUUUGAAAAAAGAGAAAUUGUAUGGGAAGUUUAGUAAGUGUGAGUUU